AUGGGUCCAAACCUCUCACACCUGGAGAAGAAAAUCGGUAAGGAUCAGUUCCCUGCCAACGAACACUACUUUGGCCUCGUGAAUUUUGGAAACACCUGUUACUGCAACUCAGUUCUGCAAGCCCUCUUCUUCUGCAAACCCUUUCGUAAUCGCGUCCUUCUUUAUCGACAGCAGACAAAGGGCCAAAAGAAGGAGACUCUACUAAGUUGUCUUGCUGAUCUCUUCUACACGGUUACAACAAAAAAGAAAAAAGUCGGUCAGAUUCCCCCAAAAAAGUUUGUUCAGCGUCUGAAACGAGAAAACGAACUUUUCGACAACUACUUGCCCCAAGAUGCCCACGAAUUUUUGAACUACCUGCUCAACGAAAUUGCCGAUAUAUUGUUGGCUGAACAGCAGGCUAGUGAAGAAGGGAAUGCUAAUAAGCAGACUGAUUCCCGUUGCGUCGGUGGCGAUAAUCCAGUCCAGGCCAAGGACUCCUCAGCAGAGGCGAGUGGCGGUAAAAAUAGUGGACAACAGCAACAGAAACGCACAUGGAUCCAUGAAAUUUUCCAGGGUACCUUAACCAACGAGACGCGCUGUCUCAACUGUGAAACAGUACGCACCAAAGAUGAAGACUUUUUGGAUCUUUCAGUUGAUAUUAAACAGUACACCAGCAUCACCAAUUGCCUCCAGUGCUUCUCCAAUACGGAGACUAUACAGUCCGAAAACAAGUACUACUGCGAAGUGUGCCGUUGUAAACAGGAGGCACAGAAGCGUAUGCGGGUUAAACGCUUGCCCGUCCUUCUGGCCCUUCACCUGAAACGUUUCAAGUUCUCCGAGAACGCCAAUCGGUUUAUCAAACUCUCCUACUACGUCCCCUUUCCCCAAGAGCUCCGUCUCUUCAACACGGUAAGAAGCAGUACUCUGUAG